AUGGAUAGCAAUAGCUGUUACGCGUGCUAUGCGGAGGUCGCGAAUGUUGUGGCCAACCUCAAAAGCCUCUACUACCAUCAGACAAAGGGCAAAGGAGGGACAGAUUUGCUGCACCGCAUAUGGCGUGCGAUGGGAGAGCUGUUGGAGGAGCAGCUGAUAUCGAAAAGGUCCUGCAUCGUGACGGACUUCUUCCAUGCUAGCGUCAAGCUGCAGAAAGUUGAGUACUAUGAUGGCAUGUGUAGUUUUUAUAAACCACAGUUUGUGCUUUUGCCUGACUUUACCUCGAAGUUUCACCUGCAAAAUGUGCUCACAACUGCGGAUGCCCACUAUCACGCCACUGUACCUCAAUUCAUCAGCUAUUCGGCCAUUGCGGAUGUGGCUGGCACCGAUCGAUUUGUGGUGGAGGCGGCCAUUCAAGACUCCACGCGUGAAAUCGGGAAGUACCUCGUCCGCAACCCGCGUACAGUCCUCCGUAUCGACAUUGGCAUCGCCUUUUUGGAGUUUCGCGGUCGCGAGUAUCGCAUUAAGUGGACGAAGGAGUUUUUGCAGCGUUUCACGGAGGCCGUGGGGCCACGGUCUUAUGUGUCGCCGUACGAUCCCCCGCCGAUGCUGCCCGCGGCGACGCAGUGCCGCUUCCGGACGGACUGCUUGUCGAAGGACACCCUUCAGACGUCGCUGCUGGAGACCGUGGAGCGGGAGAAGCGCCUGGCGGUGGUGGAGAUGAAUGACUCGAAGGGAGGGUCGGGCUUUCGAAAGUCCUUCUGGUGA